CGUAGAUAUAACAACAGUGCCAACUCUUAUCUCUGUCUGCUUUGUUUUUGUUAUUCUCUUGUUGUGGUUAAAACGUAGAGAUUAUAUACUCUUUAAUUGUGGUUCAUUCCAUUUAAAACUUGUAAUUAAACUGUUUCAUUUUUGUUAGCUAUUGUAACGUAUUGAUUCCUUGUUUUGUUAUAUAUAUAUUUUGUUCUUUUUAUUUUGUUAAUAUUUUAUGAUGUCUGACUCCGACUCUGAUGGAAAUGAUUCAUUUAAUCCAAAAGAUAUCCACGAAAUUCAUGAUGAAAUCGAGAAAUAUAAAAGCAAUCCUGAAACGUCUGGAAUGUUUGUGUCUGGCUGGGAUGAUGCCAAUCAAGACGUUGAGUUAGUGAAGGAUCCGAAAGCAAACCCGGUUGACCAUGUACUAUGGGCUGCAGAAAAUGGUGAACUUGAUACUCUCAAAGAAAUAUUAACAAAACAACCAGGCCUUGUGUUUGCACGAGAUUCAGAUGGUUAUACACCUCUUCAUCGAGCUGCCUAUGGUAAUCAUGUAGCUGUCAUAUGCUACUUGCUUAGUGUAGGAGCUAGUGUGAGUACUACUACUGAACUUGGAUGGACUCCAUUACAUUCAGCUUGUAACUGGAAUAAUUAUAAGGCUGCUGCAAGAUUACUUGCAGCUGGGGCAAACCCUAUUGCACUUUCUGAAGGAGCUCAGACACCACUACACUUAACAGCAGCAAUAAGUCACUGCAAAUCAACAUUACUAAUUUUGAUGCUUCGUGAUGAUAUGGUCAAUAUAGCUAAAACACCAAAUAAUUCUCAUGAAACGCCAGAACAGCUAGCAUUGGGCCAUGGUAUAUACGGUCCUUUAUUUGAAAUGGUAUUGCCAGCAGCAUCAUACAUCCACUCACAAGCUUUUACAUGCAAUCCAUAUGUCAGAGAACAAAUAUACAAAUAGUUAUUAUAAGAAAAA